UGUUGACAGUGGUGGGCAGCAGUUACAUUUUGUUCUCGUGAUUAAUGUGAUUAAUGCAAUUCAACGUUUUUUUUUGAAAAGAGUGUAAAUAAAAUUUGUCAUAAAAAAAUAAUUAAACAUGACAAAAAACGAAGAUAAAUUCGAUGGGAUGUUGCUAGCAAUGGCUCAACAACAUGAAGGUGGUGUUCAGGAUUUGCUCGAUACAAUUUUCAGUUUUCUAGCAAGAAAAACAGAUUUCUAUACCGGUGGAGGCGAUGGAGCUGCAAAAAAGCUGGUAAUAGACAUAUUCAAGAAACACGAAGGUACAGGUAUAACGAAAGCCGAGACUGAGAGUGCAGAGCGAGCUGAAAAGAAUAAAAAGCAUUUAGAGAAAAUUGAGAAAAAACGAAAAGAGGAAGAAAUUGCUCAAAAAAUGGAAACUGAUAAUAGAAUUGUUGAGUUGUCUGAUGAAGAGGCUGUAAAGUUGCAAGAAGAACUUGAUAAUAAGAAAGCAGAGGGCGUCGCAUCGAGUAGUUCUAUUGCUGCCGAAAGCAAAAUAAAAACAGAAAUUGCAGAUGAGGAAGAAGAUGAGAAUGAAAAAGGAAAAUUGAAGCCCAACAGUGGAAAUGGAGCAGAUCUUACAAACUACAGAUGGACACAAACUCUUCAAGAAAUUGAGGUGAGAGUGCCUUUAAAAGUGAAAUUCACCGUUAAGCCUAGGGACGUCGUUGUUAAUAUUUCCAAAAAACAUCUCACAUGCGGCUUGAAAGGAAAUACACCAAUUAUCGAUGGAGAUUUGCCACACGAGGUAAAACUUGAAGAAUCAACUUGGGUGAUAGAGGAUGGAAAAACAUUAUUAAUUAAUUUGGAAAAGGUGAAUAAAAUGCAAUGGUGGGCUCACAUUGUAACAUCUGAUCCUGAAAUUAGUACAAAAAAAGUUUGUCCAGAACCUAGCAAAUUAUCAGAUCUUGAUGGUGAAACAAGAGGUCUUGUUGAGAAAAUGAUGUACGAUCAAAGACAGAAGGAACUUGGUCUACCCACUUCUGACGAACAAAAGAAACAGGACGUCAUAAAAAAGUUUAUGGAGCAACAUCCGGAGAUGGAUUUUUCCAAGUGCAAAUUCAACUAAACUUCUUCACUACACGUACACAUAUUGUUUUUCUCUGCGCUGUCACUUGUCACUGAUGAUAUUUAAGAACUAUAAUGAAUUGCAUUACGACACUGUAAUAUUUUUUUACUUACGUUUACGUUUCUAUAAAGUAAGGACGAUUUUAUUUAAAAUAAUGCGUAUUAUUUGGCAAAAAUUUCUUUCUUCAUGUCUUACUUAUUUCGCAAAUGAAAAUAGAUUAUUACUAUAAUAGAUUAUUUCUAAAAUACUUUUCUCAAAUAAAAUAAAGAACAUUUUUGAUUAUAAUAAA